AGUGCUUGCACAUACGUAUACGAAAGCGGGCGCAUCACGUGCCCCUGCUUCAUCAAAACGCCAGCAAGCGACGCUGGCCCUCCCUCUUUCACCUAGCACGCUAGGUGGGUUGGCGCUCUGCGGCGCAGGCAAAGCAAGCAAUCAUGGCGCUCUCUCAGAAGGAGGCCGACAUCCAGCUGCUGCUGGCAGCUGGGGUCCACCUCGGGACCAAGAAUUGCGAUUUCCAGAUGGAGCGCUAUGUGUGGAAGAGGCGCGCCGAUGGCAUCUACAUCAUCAACCUGGGCAAGACGUGGGAGAAGCUCCAGCUGGCGGCGCGUGUGAUCGUGGCCAUUGAGAACCCCCAGGACAUUUGCGUCCAGUCGGCCCGCCCCUACGGCCAGCGCGCCGUGCUCAAGUUUGCGACCUACACGGGGGCGCACUCCAUUGCCGGGCGCCACACCCCCGGAACGUUCACUAACCAGAUCCAGGAGUCGUUCCUGGAGCCCAGGCUGCUCAUCCUGACGGACCCCAGGACGGACCACCAGCCCAUCAAGGAGUCGUCGCUGGGCAACAUCCCGACGAUCGCGUUUGCGGACACCGACUCGCCGCUGAAGCACGUGGACAUUGCGAUCCCCGCCAACAACAAGGGCAAGCAUUCCAUCGGGGCGCUCUACUGGGUCCUCACCAGGAUGGUCCUCCAGAUGCGCGGCACCAUCACCGCGGCGCAGCCGUGGGACGUCAUGGUCGAUCUGUUCUUCUACCGCGAGCCGGAGGAGACCAAGGAGCCCGGCGAGGACGAUGCCCCGGCCACCGACUUUGCCCCCGAGUACGGCGCCACCCCCGCCCUUGGAUUGGCCCCCACCGCUGCCGCUACCGAGUGGGAGCAGGGCGCCGCCGCUGACUGGGACGGUGCGGCAGCCCCCACUGCGGCUGCCCCCGCGGCUGCUGGCAGCGACUGGAACGCGGCCCCGGCGCCGGCGGCACAGGAGUGGAGCGGCGCGGCUGCCCCGGCUGCUGCAGGGUGGGAGUCCGGUGCUGCCCCCGCAGCCGCCCCCGCCGACUGGACCGCCGCUCCCUCCGCUGCCAGCGGGUGGGAAAGCGCCCAGUAGGCUCGUUUCUCGAGCAAGGGUCGAGUUUACGAGGGGUGAGAGAGGGCAAGGCGCAGGCGUGCCUUGUUGGUGACACUGGUUAGAGCACGUUGGAGGCUGGACGUACAAGUGCAACCAAGGGUGUCUGGAAGCGUCCGAAAGGGCGCGGUAUGAGCACAGAGAGGGGAGUGGCAGUUUUGAGUCUGAGAGUGUGUAUGAUGCGGACGUUGUGACAGGCUCAUUGAGGGGAUCAAAGGUCCGAUGAUGAAUCGGUCGCCUUUGAAAAUGGUCUUUGCAUCUGUUCACAUCUGAGCGGGCUGCAAGCAUGUCGUUGGGGGAGUGUGCCUGCUUCGGAAGACACUGAAGUUAGUUGCUGGGGACAUGCAGCAUGCAAUGAUGCCGUCGAACCACGCAUGUGUCUGCAUCUGGCCCUCAGGCAGUGCAUGGCUAUCUACACAUCUCGUC